GUUCUGUUCACUGAAAAAAAUACUGUUCUUCUCAUCGGUCGAAGUCUUAAACGAAGAAGGAAACAUUAUUGAAGACAAUAACAACUAUUUCUAAAGACAGGAAUACAGAAAAUUUCAGCAAUGGACAACAGUCUGUCAGCUCUAAAAGAGCAUGGCUACUCUCUAGUGAGUGAAGAGGAGAAUAAGAUCCCGGUGAAAAAUGAAGGUGGUGAUCAGUUUGUCAUUAAAAAGUUGAGCGCUAACCAGGACGAAUCAAAGUUUCUCCAACAUCUCAAUCACCCACACAUCGUCCAGCUCAAGGAAUUUAUCACAGAUUCUGACUGUUUGUAUCUUGUCCUGGAGCACUGUGAAGGUGGAGAUCUCGCUCAGAAAAUCAAAAACAAAAAGGAGGAAAACGUUACGUUUCCUGAGAAUGAGAUUCUGGACUGGAUUGUGAAGAUCUGCAUGGCUUUAAAGUACCUGCAUGAUCAACAGAUCCUGCAUAAAAACCUGCAACCUGAGAGUAUAUUCUUCACUACAUUUGGAACCAUACGUCUUGGAGAGUUUGGAGUGGUCCAUCAACGGUCCACUGAAGAGCAAACAGCGGAAAAUGGACCUUCUUCAUAUGUUGCACCUGAAAUUUUGAAUGACAAACCUUAUGAGGAAAAAACUGAAAUAUGGAGGUUGGGAUGUGUCAUCUAUGAGCUGUGCAUGCUGAAAUGUGCGUUUCCUGCAACACUCACAAUUGAGACUGUUAAAAAGAUACUGACAUCCUCCUAUGAAGCUCUUCCUGAGACCUUCUCUGAGGAUCUUCGUCAGCUGGUAACAGACACACUUCAGACCGAUCCAGCGUAUCGUCCGUCUGUCAGCGAGAUCUUGACCAGACCUUUUAUCAUUAAUUAUCUUCGUGAAAAGAACAUGCAAACUAUUAAGACCCUUUAUAGGACACUAGAGGAACUGAGAGCCGUGGCUGAUGAUUUGGAAAGAGUCCAUUUCAAAACAACUGUAGGCAGUCUCACAGGAGGUGUCAUAGGACUGGCUGGAGGAAUCACAUCUAUAGCUGGACUUAUUCUCUCUCCGUUCACUCUCGGAGCAUCCCUGAUAGUAACAGGAAUAGGAAUCAGUGUGGCGGUAGCUGGAGGAGUAACAGCUGGUGCCAGCAACAUAACAAACAUGGUUAACCAGAAAACAAACCGGCAAAAGAUCAAAAUGCUCAUAAAAGAGUUCCAAGAAAAAAUCACCUCCACAGUUUGCUGCAUCCAAAACAUCCAAAUAGCCGUGGAAACUUUAGAAAGACAGUUUUCCACUACUGAUGACUCGUUUUCCAAUGCACAAUCUGGGGCAAAUGCUGGAAUUCGACUUGGGCGAGGACUGGGAGGAAUUCCAGAGAUUCUCCGUGUAAUUGAAGUCGUAAAUAUUGGGAAGGUUGCAGCUCAGGCUGCGAGAGCUGUUAGUGUGGUUGAAGCAGCUACUGGAGUUUUGUCUGCACUCUUUGUAGCUGUUGAUGUCUUCUUUGUUUUUCUCGACUCCAGAGAAAUCCACAACAUCCGCCAAGAUUACACAUUAAGAGAGAGUCAACGAGAAUCAGAAUCCACAAGCAACCAAACCGCUGAGUCGACUAACCAGACGUCAAAUAACAGCGACAGAACAAACCUGCUGCCUUCAAACACUCAACAGGCAGAAGAGCUGAAGUCUGAGACCAUGAAAUUUGUGACAAAAAUAAAGGAGACGACAGAGGAGCUUCAGAGGAUUCUGGAUACACUUCGAGAUGCACUGCACCCAAACUGAGCUGCCAAACACUGACAACAAAAACUGUUAGUAAAGCUCAUAUGUUCUUCAAUCAUAGAUUUAUUAUAGUCGUACCAAAGGUGAUGGUAACUGUAUAUUCUUGGUUUUUAUGAUGAAAUAUCUAAUUCAAUAUUGCUAGUUUCAAUAAUGCACAGAGAAACUUUUUGAGAAGCAAUAAAUGAAGCUUACUGCGGUCCCAUUAUGUUAAGAAUGCAUAUCGGGACUUCUUGCCUUCGUUUCUUUGAUGUUUUGGAUUUCAGAAAAUAUAAGCACAAAAUGUGUCCUCUUUUUCUGUAUGCGAGUGGCUGCUUAUUGUAAUUUUCUUUCACUUGUACCAAAAUAAAUAUAUCAG